GCCGCCGCGGCGAACGGCGGGUGGCGGCGGGCGGCGAUGGGCACGGCAGCCGUGCACCUCCUGCUGUUGCUGGGGCUACUGCACGCCGGGCCCGGCGGCGAGGGCAGGAAAGGCUGGCGGCGGCGGGGACCCGCGGCCCGCGAGCGCGGAGAGGCGGCGGCAGCCGAGAGCUUCCCGCUGGACUUCACCGCCGUGGAGGGCAACAUGGACAGCUUCAUGGCGCAGGUCAAGAGCCUGGCGCAGUCGCUGUACCCCUGCUCGGCCCAGGCGCUGCCGCACGACCUGCGCCUGCACCUCCUGCACAAUGCCUCGGUCACCUGCAACGACGGCAGCCCGGCCGGCUACUACCUCAAGGAGUCCAAGGGCAGUCGGCGGUGGCUGCUAUUCCUGGAAGGAGGGUGGUACUGCUUCAACAGGGAGAACUGCGAUAGCCGGUACGACACCAUGCGGAGGCUCAUGAGCUCCCGGGAGUGGCCCGCGACACGUGUGGGAACUGGAAUCCUGUCAUCACAGCCAGAAGAAAAUCCCCACUGGUGGAACGCAAACAUGGUAUUCAUCCCUUAUUGCUCAAGUGAUGUUUGGAGUGGUGCCUCUUCCAAGUCUGAGAAAAAUGAAUAUGCCUUCAUGGGAGCACUGAUCAUUCAGGAGGUCAUAAAGGAGCUGGUUGGAAAAGGUCUUGGCACUGCAAAAGUGUUGCUGCUAGCAGGCAGCAGUGCUGGAGGAACUGGAGUGCUCCUAAAUGUGGAUCGAGUGGCAGAGCAGCUGGAGGAGAUGGGUUAUCAAGGGAUUCAGGUUCGAGGCUUGGCUGACUCCGGGUGGUUCUUGGAUAAUAAGCAGUAUCGCAGAACUGACUGUAUUGAUACCAUCACCUGUGCUCCAACAGAAGCCAUCAGAAGAGGAAUAAGGUACUGGAAUGGUAUUGUUCCUGAACGCUGUAAGCUGCAGUUUAAAGAGGGAGAGGAAUGGAAUUGCUUUUUUGGAUAUAAGAUUUACCCCACUCUUCGAUGUCCAGUCUUUGUUGUCCAGUGGCUUUUUGAUGAGGCCCAGCUUACUGUAGACAAUGUACACCUCACUGGACAACCUGUUCAGGAAGGGCAGUGGCUCUACAUCCAGAAUCUGGGUAGGGAGCUGAGAAACACCUUGAAGGAUGUGACCGCAAGCUUUGCUCCUGCCUGUUUGUCUCAUGAGAUCAUUACACGCAACCACUGGACAGACAUCCAGGUGAAGGGGACAUCCUUGCCCCGUGCCCUGCACUGUUGGGAUCGCAGCCUGCACGAGAGCAACAAAAAUGGGAAGGCUCCUCUGAAAGGCUGCCCAAUUCAUCUGAUUGACAGCUGUCCGUGGCCUCACUGCAACCCUUCGUGCCCCACUAUCAGGGACCAGUUUACAGGGCAGGAGAUGAAUGUCAUCCAGUUCCUCAUGCACAUGGGUUUUGAUGUUCAGAAGAUGGCACAGCAACAGGGCCUGGAGCCCAGUAAACUUCUGGGGAUGCUCAGCAGCGGUAACUAGGAAAGGGUCUUCAGAGGGGCAGAGAGAUUAGAUCAGGAGGAGACUAAGCCCUUCUCCCACAUUUUCUAAUCUUCUUCCUUGCACUCAUGCAGGCAGACGCACGCUCACACCCAUGCAUGCUCAAACCUGUACACACCCACGUGCUCCCACACUCUUGCACACUUAGGAUGUGUCAAGAAAAUAAAAAACACAAACACAAACAAAAAAAAAAAGGGCAAUUUCUUGCUUACACUAUUUGACUGGAACUCCUUACCUCCAAACUCCAGGGCUCAGUUUUGGCCAUUCACAUCCUCUUCCUGUGUUACACAAGGCAAUCCGAUACAGGGAGUAGCAAAGCCAUAAAUAGCAUCAAUGAGAACCUUCCCCAUACCUAGGACUUCUUCCCUUGCCAUGAAUUUUACAUCAUAGACUUGAUUCAAGUGGUGAAAAAAAAAAACAAACAAAAAAAGCAAGCACUGGAUUUCUUUUGUCCAACUAGAAGAGGAGGAGUGAUUACAGAACUUCUUGGAGGUCAGCAUCUCACCAUGAGUCACAACAUACAAACCCAGGACACGUGCUAGGGACGGACUCUCUUGUACUCAAUUUACUUUUCAUAUUAUUUUAUUCAAUGACUUUUUUUAUUACUUGCUGUUUGGGUUUUUUUUUUCUUUUUUGUGGUUAUAUUUUUUUUUUAAACUAAGCCAAGAAAUAUAAAUGAUAUUGUUUUGUAACAUAUUUUUUUUAAAUAACGAAGAAACCUCUUGCUACUUGGGCAAUGUGGACAUAUUUAUUUUAAUAUGUAAAAUGCUAUUUAUAAGGGCUGACCAGAGAACCAUACCUCUGUCUUUGUAAAGUUGUAUAUGCUGCUCAUUCAGAUGGGUUAUCCUUAUGAUCACUUGUGCCUGGGAGAGGGCUGAGGGUGGUAUUGACUUGGGUUUUUUUUUUGUUGUUAUAAUUAGACUUCUGUCUUCCCCUUGCAA